AUGGAAGAAUUGCCUGAGAUUCAAUAUCGAUUGGCAAGGCUCUCAGAAAAUGAUAUAGACGAUACAGUAUCCUAUUUGAUUAGCUUCUCACUUUCCAAAAUUGAAAAUCUUAGUAUAAUCGCUCGACAAAUUAUAAAAUUUUCCGCAAUUCGAGUAAAUUCAUGCGAUAUUUACAUUAAACUUAUAUCAAAAUUGGAAGAAGAUGAUUCUAUUAAAGAUAGAAUGAAACAAGAGCUUGAAAAAUAUAUUAUCAACAGAUUUACCUAUCAUUAUAUGGACAAAUUUUUAUUAUCCCUCGUCAGAAUUUACAUACAGCAGAGCAUCAUUAGUUUUGAGCCAAUAAAGACAUUUCUAGAAAAAAUUGAUUAUCAAGAUUUUCAUAUUAUAUAUCCAUACUAUAUUCUUUUCUUAUACGAAUUCUUUCCUGAAAGUGAACAAUACAGAUACAAGCACAUAUUUAUGCAAUAUCAAACCAAAUACCAAAAUCUUCAAGAUUUUCCAUUAAAUAUCGAUAUUGAUAAUUUCAAACCUUCGACAUGCAUUUCAGGUGAUCAAGAAGACUCUCUAUACAUGUCAAUCAAGAACGAUGACUUUGAAUUAUUUUCAAGUUAUACAACUCUUCCAAAUUUCACAGUUAAUGAUCACAUAGAUUACAAACCAUUAGACCCAUACUUUCCCUAUAUUACUGAUCCAACGUCGAUAAAUGCUGCCGCAUUUUUUGGUUCAAAAACGAUUUUUAAAUUUUUAAUAUCAAAUAACGCAGAUAUCACUCAAUUUACUGCAAUGAAUGCUGUUGCAUCUGGUAAUACUGAGAUAAUUAGAAUAUGUUUCCAGCAUAAACUACUUGAUUUCAAAUGUAUUCCUUAUUCUUUGAAAUUUUACAGACAUGACAUCUAUCAUUGGCUUUUAGACAUGCCAAACAUAAAAAUACCAAUGAGUAACUUGAUAAAAACAGUUGCUCCUUAUGGUGAUGCUUAUAUUUUGAAGGAAUUAAUUGAAGAAUUUAAUGUUCCUGCUAUUAACGUUUAUAAGAUAUUCAUAUUAAUGGGUGAUUAUGAUCUUGUUCGAUUUUACCUAAAUUAUAAUCCAAAUAUCAAUGAAAUGGAAAUGAAAGAAUACGCGUUUCUUUUUUCAGCGAAUGAUGGUGAAAUGAUUGAUCUUUUACUUUCUAUACCAGGUAUUAAUGUCAAUGUUGUUAAUUAUGAUAAGGAAACGUUUCUGCACAAGCUUGUUGAAGCAAAUAAUUACAAAUAUCUCCAAAAGUUUUUAGAUAUGGGUGUUAUUGAUUGCAAUGCUCAAACAAGAGCAGGUGAAACACCUUUGCACUGGGCUGCUCAUAAAAAUGAUUUAAUUUCAAUUCAAAUUCUGUUGAAUCAUGAAAAAGUUGAUCCAAAUAUUACUGCUAAGAACAUGAGAACCGCUUAUGAUAUAUCAUUGAUUAAUAAAACUCCCGAAAUUCUCGAGUUAUAUAAGAAAUGUCCAAGAAUGGAGUUUAAUUAG